AAUAAUAAUAAUAAUGAUUUGUUUUUAAUAAUAUUUAGGAAUAUUUAUUUAAAAAACUUAUUAUUUUUUCAUUUAAGUUUAUAUAAUAAAUAUUGGAAUGUUACAAUAUGCAAUAGAGAAGAUUUAAUUGACCAUAAAUAUAGACCAUAUAUUAUUAAUUUAAUAUAUGAUACAUAUGAGGAGUUAGAUAUAGGGAUAAUACCACAUUCAGUUAGCACUUUAGUUCUUGGAGAAAGUUUUAAUGGAUCAUUAGAUAGAAUUGGUAUUCUACCAAACUCAAUUAAAAAAUUGGUUGUGAGAGAAAAUUUUGACAAAUUAAUAGGAAUUAAUGUAUUACCGGAUUCAAUAGAGAAACUAGUUAUAGGGGAUUUCUUUAAUCAAUCUUUAGAGCCUGGGGUUUUACCGUCAAAACUACGCUCUCUUAAAUUUGGAGAAGGCUUCAACCAACCCAUUGGAUAUAAUGUCAUACCUAGUUCUGUAAGAAAGCUUUGUUUAGGUUUAUUUUUCGAUCAAAAAAUAGAAAAGGGGACUCUUCCGGAUCUUUUAGAGCAACUAAAGCUUGGGUAUAGCUUUGAUGAAGAAAUAGAGCCUGGAGCAUUACCAGAUAAAGCACUUACUUCCUUAAGUUUUGGUGUAUGUUUUAAUCAAAUAUUAUCAAUUGGAAGCAUUCCAUCAACUGUACAGAAUUUAACACUUUCUCUUGACUUCAAUCUACCAAUAUCCCCAGGAGUAUUGCCGCCACUUACAACAUUCAAAUUUAAUGAUCGAUUCAAUCAACCACUAAAUGGUUGCUUGCCUGCCACAUUGACUGUUUUAUCGUUUGGAGAAGACUUUGACAAAAUUUUAGGUCCUUUGGAUAUUCCCUCAUCAGUAACAGAACUAACUCUAGGGAAAUCGUUUAAUCAAAAGUUGGUAAAAAGAUCACUUCCAAACUCUCUUAGAAAGCUCAGAUUUGGCAUGAAAUUUAAUCAAGCGCUAGUACCUUUCGAAUCAUUACCAGACUCACUAACAAGUCUGCACUUUGGUGAUCAAUUUAAUCAAACAUUGGAUGGGUGUUUACCAAAGAAACUUGAAGAGUUAACACUGGGGAAAUUCUUUAAUACAGAAAUUACAAAUUCAUCGCUUCCAAGUACACUAAAGGUAUUCAAUAUAGGUUGUGGAUUUAAUAAACCAUUUAAAAAAAAUAUUCUUCCAGAUUCAAUAACAAAUCUUUCAUUUGGUUCAGUUUAUAACCAUCCAAUAUUGGAUAACGUUUUACCGCUUCAAUUAAAAUCGCUAAGGUUUGGUCCUCAAUUUAACCAACCAUUAAUAGGUAUCCCAAGUUUGGUUGAAAAUAUAGAUUUUUCUGGUGAAUUCAACCAACCUCUAGAUUUAUUACCACCAUCAGUUACCAUUUUAACUUUACCUGUUGGUUAUACACAUUCAAAAUCAAUACCUUUAACCAUAAAAGAAAUAAAAUAU